AUGGGUGUAAAACUCUACUAAACACAAAUGAUAGUAUUUGGCACAGGUGCAAAGGGUGGCAGGCAGAAGAGAAUCAGACCUCACUUCUUCAGUAGAAGAACUGCUUGUUUUGCUGUUGUGUUUGUGUUGUCUUCAGAUCUUGCAGGAUCCUGACAUUAGGGCCUGACAGAACAUAACCGAAUUAGAAGAUGUCCGAGGAAGAAGAUUCUUUCUUGAAUGUCAAAAGAUCUUUGAAAAAGGCAGCAGUGAAACAUAGCACUCCGGUGGAUUCAAUGUUCUCCCAAAGUAUGUUAUCUCUGGUGGAUAUGACGAAUCAAUCUAUCAGAGAACAAAACAUAAGUAAGAGAGUCUAUGGGUCUCCAAUGCCAAAAUCAUCCUUCCAGAAACAAGCAUCAUCCCAAGAACAACUAAUGCACCUUGACAAGCUCAUUUCUCAAGUCACUUUUCCAAGAAAGCUUUCCACAGUAUUGGACCCAGAGGAUUCAAGUGAAGAAAUGAGCCUCAGCUCUUGGGCUGCAGUUCCUAGAAGAAGACUUUCAACAGUGUUGGCUUCAGAGGAAUCCAGUGAAGAGCCAAGCUUCAAGACAAUGGUUCCCCCUAUAAUAAGUGCAGCAGUUGAAGUCCCUGCUGAACCAUCUAAGAAGGCAGCCAAAGUAACUUCUAAAAGUGUAUUAGCAUGGCUGGUUACUGAAAUUCCUGGGAUAAAAAAUCCCACAGAAAGAAAAAGAAGAAAAAGGAAAUUUGAAAAAAAAAUAUUGGAAGCACAACAGCGAGAAUGGGAAUUACGUCAACUUAAAAAUAUCGAAGAGGCGACUAGACAUGAGCUGACAAUUGAAGAAGUUUGAUGUAGUGAAUUCCCAAAUGAGUAUUGCUGCAUGCUGUACAACUGGAAAAAGUGGUUCCAUUAAACUAUAGAUUCGGCUAUUGGGUCUGCUGUAACUGUGUGGCAAACAGGUAGCGGGGAGGGAAGGACGGCAAACCCUGUAGCAAAUAUUUUAAAUAAGGAACCUCCAGAGCAUUAAGAGGCCCGAUGCCAAGGGGGCAGAUCCUCAGCAGAACCCAUGCCACUGACACCAUCUUAAGAGCAGGCACCGGGGGUGGAAAACUGCUCCCCGCCCCCAGGGUUAUACUUCAUCUUGUGAGGGCCCACAUUUCUUCAUGUAAUAUCUAAGGCUAUAUCUAUACU